AGAAAGAAAUUAAUAAGGUGCCAACAAAAUAAGAGCUGGCCACAUGAACGAGGAAAUGGACAAACAGCCACCAAACCCAAACGUGAGCUACCAAUCUCCUCCACCGUCACCGUCGCCGCCGCCACGGCAGCUAGCAGCUCUUCACCAGAGCGACGCCGACGAGGACGACGAGAAUGUGAAGCAACUCGGAGAAUGUUCCUCUCUCUACUUGUCCUUGCAGGAUUGUCUUGUCAAUUACAACAGAAAUUGGAAAUCCUGCCAAAAGGAGGUUCAAGCUUUGAAGGCAUGCAAUGAGAGGAGAAGGAAGAUCAAUACCCAGAAGUGCGAAUUUAUGUAGUGAAGAUUGCAAUACACAAAUUCACUUCAGAACUGCAUCUUGUUAGUUAAAUUGAAUUGAGCAGAAUUGGUUUCCAAAUGAAGUACCUUCUUUCUUUUCUUCAUGCGUUUUCAUUCACCAAUUUGCGAGAAUUAUGUUGAU